CUAUUUUUUCUUUAAAUAAUCUUGGAAAUUUCGGUUCAGAUCGCAUAUUAUCCGAACUAUAUAUAUAUAUAUAUAUAUAUAGAUAUAGAUAUAUGAAUAUCACAGAAUCGUUUUUAUUUUCAAUCUCCCUCUGGUUUUCAAAGAAGUGGAUCGAUGGCACGUGUCGUGAAUUAUCUCAUCAAUCCAUGUAUUUUACAUCGGUCCUCUUUGGUGACGAUGCGCGCCGAGGUAUUUUUGUAAAUUUCUCAUCUCGUCGCGCUGAUAAAAAAAUAAGCGCGGCUACGGGCGGAGUGGGGUAAGUUAUUGAUUUCCGUGUAGGGGUGUUAUAGCAAGAGGGUUGGAUGGAUAGGCAGAAGUGGGUGGGGUAGAUGCUGUGUCGGGGUGUCUCUUGCUCGCGCGUAUAUACCUGCGAGAGAGUCUACAGAGGGUAUAAAUAGAAGGGGUAGUUGCACCGUUGACCCAGUGUUGGGUUGACACACGGUCAGUUCAGUCACUCGAGGCAUCUCACGCACUCAUCACUCUCUUUCUUUUUCUCCUUCUGUCGCGUCGCACAAUCGCUGUUGCCACCGCCUUCUACUGAUUUUUUUAUCUACGUAAAUUGUUGAAGAAGAGAAAAAGGAGGUCUCGCUCAAGUCUUCGCUGACCCUUCAGGUCAAUCUGACGCGAUCCUGAAGCACUGCCCUUUCAUACCUGUUUGCUUCUUCCGAGUGCGAUUUUUUAUCCGAAAAAUUGUCAAAUAGUGAUACAAUCGCAACCUGGUGCUUCAUUGUCGAAAGGAAUACCUUUUGACGAUAAAAGAAAUAAGAAACAGAGUUAUUUCUACACCCCGUGUUCAUCGUAAUUGUUCGUUACAUCUUUACACGCAUAAGGGCGUAUUCCUUCUCGUCUCAUCGUCAGACGCGGGUCACUCGAAUCUUCCCCCGACAUAUCGUCGAGGCACGGACCAACUAAUGUGCAACGAGAAUCAGGCCUUAGCAGAAGUCAAUUCUCUACGGGAGAAUAAAUUCUUUCUGACUUAGACGGUGACUGGGCGUCAGAAAUCUUCAGUUUCGAAACAUCGAAUUGAAAUCGGACUGACAAAUCAAUUUCCAGCGACUAGUGCAGCUAAAAUUCGUUUUCGUUCGUCCAUCGUUAAAGAAGAAAAAUGUCAGAAACAACCGCAAUUACGCAGGGGAUGGGCAAUCCUUACAAGAUAGUCGAUCACACCAGGGAGCGACGAAAGGGCAUCACCGCCUCAUCGCUGAAGGAGUUGACCAACAUCGCACGCAGCCGACUGUCAUUGCCCGUGGAUGCUGAUCUAACAAUCGUGCUUGAACAGGAUGGAACAGAGGUAGAUGAUGAGGAAUAUUUCGCUACGUUAGAAAGAAACACGAGCUUGAUGGUGCUGCAUGGUGAUCAAAAAUGGGUCGCUGCAGGUGGUGGCAAGACAGCAUCUCGUUACAUCGUCGUAGAUGAUAUGGAUAACGUGGAUGAUGCUUCAAGAGUGGAUAAGAUUCGACGACAGCGAAUGCCCAUUGAGCCCCUGGUGUCGUCGUUGCAUGGCGACCCGUCGCAUAUCUCGCUCUUGGGAGGAAACGACUUGGAAUUACUCAGCGACAUGGAUCCUGACAGUUUAGCUGACAUAGUGCCUGACAGACUCUUCCUCGAGCAGUUGAAGGAAGCUUCAGGUAGAUUCUUAGCGGAGAAACGACAAGCGCAGGAGUCCAUGGCCCUUCUCCAGAUGUACGCGACCGGUGGUGAGAUGGAGCGAGCGUAGGCCAUGUGGGGGGUGGGCGCCCUCACAUUAGCAAAUAUGUACAGAGUGCGACGCCGAAUAUUCUAUAAAGGUCGCCAACUACAACAAACUCUGAUCUUAUUCUGGAAUUGAGCCCAUCGCUGCUAUUUACACAAACCGGUAGAGUAACUGAGAACACGAGCGUCAAUCGCUCAAGCUGAACACAGCUGUCAGUGAAGAAGAGAAUCUUAUAUGUUACUCUCGUGUACGAAGAACGCGAGAUGAAGAGACACUGUACAGAAAUACAAAUAAUUUGCGUUUGCCCAACAAUUUAGUAAUAACAAUAAUAAUAAUAAUAAUAAUAAUAAUAAUAAUAAUAAUAAUAAUAAUAAUAAUAAUAGUAAUAGGUUUCGCGUUUUAGAGGAAAUAGUAGCUCUAAGUUUUUUGUAGAAUUUUUUUAAUCUAUAUACACAUGAUUCAGUGGCACAACUAUGCUUUGGCAAUACAUUACAUCUUUAGUGAGCGUACGGAAUUGCUUUAAUACGACGUAAAUGAAAAAAAAAA